AUUGUGAAAUGCUAAUGAAGAUCAAGAUGAAGAACUUCAAAGUUCAUCUACGAAUUUGACGACUUUUCUACUCCAGCUUUCUACUCCAGCUCAGAGUACCCUAUAAUCAAAGAUCCAAGAUCUAGAAGGUGCGCUUAAUUUUGAGAUACAAAAGCGCGAUGCAGGUAUUGGAGACACGACGAAUCGACAACGUACAAGGAGCUCAAACUUGAUCUUGAGGAUCAAAAAUUAAAACUGCGAAUUCCAAAGCAAAGUGCAGAAAGGCAGCGGAACUUAAGAAAGGAACGAAGCACUCGUUUAAACGCAAUUUGUAGUGAAGACGAGAAUGCAAUUCACAAGUUGAAAAUUAAAGGCAAACCAGGAAGUCCCAGCGUAGAGACCGAUCAGCCUGAACUUCUGAAAGCUAUUGUAGACAUAGCAUUGCACGGAGCCUAUUUGGAUGUUGUCAGUAGAUGGCGGACCAGAAGAAAAUCCUAGAUAUGAGAAAGUUAUCACUCACGGGAUCAAGCAUUUUAAAGAUAUGAAUCUAGUUGAUCUUUUUAUAUUCACGAAUGCACCAGGAAGAAGUGCCUUCAAUCGUGUGGAAAGAAGGAUGGCUCCACUCAGCAGAUAGCUUUCUGGCCUUGUUAUUCCUCACGAUCUCUUUGGAACGCAUUUAAAUGACCAAGGUGUUACUGUUGAUGAAGACCUACAAAUGCAAAAUUUUGAUUACGCCGGAAACAUUCUAUGCGAGAUACGGAGUCAAAUGGAAAUUGACGGACAUUUCGUGACUGCGGAAUAUAUUUCUCCGUCAGUUGAAUUAAUGCAAAUCCCAGAACUUCCCAGUUUAGAUUGGUACUACCGUCAUGUUUUUGAGAGUCAGUAUUGCUUACAGAUCAUAAAAUGCGGAAAAACUCACUGCUGCCCUGAAUUCAGAAGUAAUCUGAAAUCAGUGCUUACUGAAGGAUACAUGCCGCCCCCAUAUCCAUUGAAGCAAACUCCAUCAGGUUUGAUGAUACCAUAACCUGAAAAUCAGACAGAAGCGAAAUUCACUCCUCUUCUGUUGCGUUUAUCAUUGAAUAUGAAACCAGAACAAGGGCAAUUUCCAAUCUUGUCAUAUGUUUUUUACUGCGCCUUAAUCCAGAAGCAUCUUACUAGCAGAGUUUGUAAAUUCUGUGGCUAUUACACUUCAUCUAAGAAAGGCGCUUUGAAGCAUCGAAAGGCCAUGUACCCCCGCGGCGCACCAAUUGAAAGUCUCGAUCACGAUAUCGAGAAAAUUCAGGAUCAGUCAACGCUGAAGCAAGAAGGUUCCGUACCAAUUAUUUCGUUCUUGAACGAUUGGUUACAAAACACAUGGACAGAAGCCCCAGAUGGAGCAGACAUACAAAUUUAAUUUACUAAAAGAAUUAUGAAUAUCAUUCGGUACAGAACAGUUUUUUAGGCAGAAUAGUUGAAGUGUUUUUAUUUCUAGGUCUAUAUACAUCUUCUGUAAAUGUUGAUUACAUAUUUAAAAGUAUUGAUAUGUAGAACUUUUCACCUGCAAAGCAUGUAUCAUCUUAUACAAUAAAAAUUUCCAUCAAUUUCCAG